CAGUCAGUGAGAGUGCGUGCGACCUUGCGGCAAUCGAGAAGCACGAACCGCUCCGUCGCGACGUGCCUCCUUCUUCGUCCACGACACAAGCCAACAGAAUAUGGGAAGUGCACGUCUCCCUGGAGUCGACCGCUUGAUCGGGUCCCUGGCCACAAUCGGGGUCGGCGUCGCCUUGUAUCUCGCACAUCAGUUCCUGCGACCCAAGCCACUCACGCUGGACGAGUAUUAUAGGCAAAAGUACAUUGACCCCAGUACGCUCGUGGGACACAAGGGGAGUUGCGGGUGUGGCAACUUGACAUUCAUCGUCCUAGCGCCGCGGUCGCUGUGCGCGUUUGACGACAGCAACACGUUUCCGUCGAAAUUGGGCCGCAUUCCCGUGCUGCUGGCGCCCAUGACACACCUCCAAAUGACGAGUAACCACACGGCCACGGACGUCGCCGUGUAUUCGCACGAAGUGUCGGCAACCUACGCCACGCAACAUGUCUUCUGCAAGCAAUGCGGCAUUCAUCUCUUCCACAUGGAGCUCAACCGGAACGACCAUGUUGCGAUCAACGUCUAUGCUCUCGAGACCGACUACAUUGAGGACCUACGCGUCGUGUUUGUUCCCAAGGGGGCAUUUCCCAUUUUUCAGCGCGUGCCUUCCUCAGCCAUCACGGACGACGGGGAAACUUUCCCCGCGCUGCCCAAUGGAUCGUCGUCCAAGCAACGACCUGGAGCGUUGCACAAGCAGCACAAGGAAAAUGCAUCAGAAUUUGAAAAGCAAUUGAUGUUGUGGGCACAACUGGACCCCGAGUCCGCGACCGACGACGUCGCGGCGCUGCCGCCUGUCCACGAUGAGGAUCCUGCCCAUGUCGAUCCCGCCAGCACUGGGAAAAUUCCCGAUACACAUCCCGUGACGCUGGACAAGAUUCCCGAGCAAGAACUCGUGCGUAUGAAGUACCAGCUUCAAUAUUAUUUGCAGCGCCAUUUAGAAACUAGCCAAACUCAACCCUCGUGCAGCGUGUAACAUGAAGCUCAUUCGUUUUGCA